AUGAAUACGCAGAUUAAUGAUAACUAUCUCGUAAAGUACAAAAUUGGAGCAGGUUCUUUUAGUAAAGUUUAUCUUGCCGUUCACAGGAAAACCCAGAUUGAAGUAGCAAUUAAAAUGAUAUCCAAAAAAGCCAAUAACGAUGAUGGCAAGCAGCUAAUCAGAAUUCAAAGAGAAAUUGAGAUCAUGAAGAAAGCACGUCAUCCAUUUAUUACAGAACUCUAUGAGGUUUAUGAAAACGAUGAUUUUGUCUUUCUAGUAAUGGAGUAUUCUCCUAAUGGAACUAUUUUGAAUCAUAUUCGUGAUAUUGGGGCUUAUAGUGAGCAUGAAUCAGCAGUUAUCUUUUCUCAACUUAUACUUGCAAUGAAACAUCUUCAACGAUCAUGCAAUGUUGCACAUAGAGACCUUAAGGCAGAGAAUAUUCUAUUUGACAUCCAUCAAAAUAUUCGUGUUAUUGAUUUUGGUCUUUCGAAUAGUCCUAACGAUGAUAAUUUAAUGAAUACACAAUGCGGAAGCUUAGACUAUGCAUCGCCAGAAAUGAUUCUUGGAAAACAAUAUAUAUAUUCGAGUGAUAUAUGGAGUGCAGGAGUUGUUUUAUUUGCAAUGACUACAGGACAUCUUCCAUUUGAGGACUCAAACAUGUCAAGACUUGCUCAGAGAAUCAUUUUUAAGGAGAUCGAUUAUCCAACGAAUCUUUCACGUGAUUUAUUAGAUCUUCUUAAGAAGAUGUUAGUGAAGGAUCCAAAUCAGCGUAUUAAUUUAGAUGAGAUUAUGCGACAUCCAUGGCUUCAUACUGCCAUUCAGUAUGUUAAUGAAACAAUUAAUAAAUUCGAAUAUGAUAACAUCAAAAUUACAGAACAGCUUCGCCAGUAUGGCGUUAGAUUUGAAGAUGUCGUCCUUGAUUUAUCAAACAAUAGAAUCACGCCAAACACGGCAAUAUAUUCUAUGAUCAGAAGGCAAAUGAUGACAAAAGGAAUUGUUGAUAUGAGAAAUGCAGAAGAAAUAUUAAAUAGAAGAGGUUCAUUAUGUGAAACUGUCGUUCUACCGAGAUUGAUCAAAGCAGAUACUGCAACUCGAAUAAAUCGCAAAUCCUUGCCUAUUCCUGUCCGCUUAUCCAGACACUUAGGAUGA